GUGGCCAACAAAAAAAUCAACCCUCAAAAGAAUCUUACAAAGAAAAAUAAAAGAAACCUCCCAGCGCCUUCAUAUAUGGGCCACCCUCUGGCCUUAUUUUCUUUUGCUUUCCUUUCAAAAGCAUUCACUAAUCUAAAAAUAUUAGAAGAAAAAAGGAAAAGAAGAAGAGAGAACGCUUCUCACCGCCUCACGCUCUUAAGCCGCGGUUUGUACUCUUCACAUAAUCCUACCUAGAUACCACUCCGAUGGCAACCAACACCGAGAAGUCCGUCGCUACCGCAACCUCCAUCACCACCACCACUCCAACACCCGUCGCAUCCGCCGCCAAUUCAUCGGCAGAACCAAACCCUAAGAAGACUGUGGCCCCAGCCUCACAUUCCACGGAUAAGUCAGAUCAUCCUGCCACUGGUACUCUUUCCGUUUCUGAAAUAUCUGUAAAGGAGAGCGAGGGUUCCAAGACCUCCGAGACUAAUGUGGGCUCGGUCGCUGGAGAUAGCGGCGGUCCCGUUAACGAUAUUCAGAAGAAGAUUCGCCGAGCUGAGCGGUUCGGCGUACCGGUCCAGUUGUCUGAGCAAGAGAAGCGUAAUACUAGGGCUGAGAGGUUUGGCACUGCACCCAGCUCAAAUGGAUCAGAAGCAUCUAAGCAAUCAGAGGAGCUGAAGAGGAAGGCUAGAGCAGAGAGGUUUGGGCUUGCUGUACCCUCUACCGCUACUGAUGAGGAGGCAAAAAAGAAAGCUCGUCUUGCCAGAUUUGCACCAUUUUCCAAAUCUGAUACAGUGGAAGAAGAAAAGAGAAAAGCAAGGGCAAUCAGGUUUUCGAAUCCUCCAUCAAAUUCUUUAUCCAAGGUGAAUGGCAAGGGAAAUAUUGAACCAGAGGCUCCUAUUGCUGGAAAGGCUGGUGGAGGACUUUAAAUGGAAAUUGCCCAUGUAGUAUAGCUUGCAAGGUCUAGUUUUCUAACAGCUUGUGAUUCCCUCAACGGCUUCUUUAUUAUGUUUUCUUUCCAACCUCGGAAUUCUUAGAUGCUGUACUCCUUCAUCCCCAGAUGAAUUUCCAAAACAGUUAAGGGUUUCUUUGGGCAGUUUGGAAGGUGUUCUUUCUCAUUUCAGUUACGGUUAUGGUGUCUAUUCACAUGGUGAGGCCUAGAGGAAUCAACAACCACCUGUAGUGUUUACCUAUCUCAAAUCUUACAGAGAGACUUAGAAAUUCUGAAGUAAUGGUUAGAAAUUUUCAACUUUUCCCCUUGAUAUAAUUGAGAAAGUAUGGAGUGGUAAGUAGUUUCCUAUUAAAAAAAUUAGUUGAAUAGGUUCUUUGCAGUGACUAAGUUUGGGCAGCAUCUUAUACUCUUCCAAGUUGCAUAGUAUGAUCAAGUGUGAGACAGCAGUAGUAAUUCAUGUUGAGUCUGACAUCUAUUUCCAUGGGUUAAAGUAGCAAACAAUACAUGCUUCAUAGGAAUUCUUGGGCUCUUCUUUUUUAGAUAGCUUAAAGCAAGAGGAAUUUCAUUUCUUUUUCUGGUUUUUAUACGUUGAAGUUUGUAGGUUUUCUUUUUGGGCAGGGGGGAGUGUUUGUGGUUUGGCGUUGGCUGUAGGACAAAUGAUAACUUAGAUGCCUUUGAUCUGAGCUAACAUGGAUACCUUUGUUUUCUGUAUUUAGAUUAAAAAAUUAUUAGUAAGAAUGUAGUGUGGGAGUUUGUAAGGGGUCUUAUCUUUAGAUUGUUUUUAUUCGCUCGAUCUCUGGCAGUCAUCUUGUUAGUUUUGUUACUUUUAAAUAGAUUUGACAUUUUUCCUUUUAUUUAAAAAAAAAUGGAAAUAAAACCAUUUGUUAGGCAUGUCAUGUUUAUUCACUUGCUUGUGUGCAGGCUUGCAUGCAUGCGUUUGCAUGUUUGUAUGCAUAUUUAUGCUAUGUGUAAUGAUACUAAUGGCUCAAAUGGCAUUAAUUU